CACAGCUCAAGUUCCCCAACCAUCACCUUCCACCAACCACUUUAACCCUCCGAUUCGAAUUCCUUUCUCCUCUCUACCCUCCCUAUCCUUUCACGACCACAUUUCACUUGCCACCAUGUCUACCUUGGAAGAUCUCGACGACCUUGAGCGUGAGGAGAGAGACAAGAAGGACCAGGGCGAUGGCAACGGAGACGGCAGGAAGCCCGAAGGCGAAGGGGAUGCUGAGAUGAAAGACGCCGAUUCCAAGAAAGAUGAGGACGAUGGACUCUUGGACGAGGAGAUCCUUGGCUCGAGCACAGCGGACAUCGUCAAGCGACGGCGGAUGCUGGAGAACGAGCUGCGUAUAAUGAAGAGUGAAUACCAGCGGUUGACUCACGAGCAAAACACGAUGAGAGAGAAAGUCAAGGACAACCAAGAGAAGAUUGAGAACAACCGGCAAUUACCCUACCUUGUCGGAAACGUCGUCGAGCUGCUGGAUCUGGAUGUUGAAGCUGAGGCUGCUGAAGAGGGGGCCAACAUCGACCUUGAUGCUACCCGGGUGGGCAAGUCGGCCGUCAUCAAGACGUCGACCCGUCAGACGAUCUACCUCCCGCUUAUUGGUCUGGUAGAUCACGAGAAGCUCAAGCCCGGCGACCUCAUCGGCGUCAACAAGGAUUCAUACCUGGUUCUGGAUACGCUACCCGCUGAGUACGACAACCGUGUGAAGGCCAUGGAGGUCGAUGAGAAGCCGACGGAGAAGUACACCGACAUUGGCGGCUUGGAUAAACAGAUUGAGGAGAUCGUCGAGGCUAUUGUAUGGCCUAUGAAGGAGGCCGACAGAUUCAAGAAGCUUGGCAUCAAAGCACCGAAAGGUGCUCUGAUGUAUGGUCCUCCCGGUACGGGUAAAACCCUCCUCGCCCGAGCCUGUGCGGCAGAGACAAACGCCACGUUCCUUAAGCUUGCCGGUCCGCAAUUGGUGCAGAUGUUCAUUGGUGACGGUGCCAAGCUCGUUCGCGACUGCUUCGCCCUUGCCAAGGAGAAGGCACCCUCUAUCAUCUUCAUUGACGAACUGGAUGCGGUCGGUACCAAGCGGUUCGACUCGGAGAAGUCUGGUGACCGUGAAGUGCAACGAACCAUGCUUGAACUUCUCAACCAGCUCGAUGGAUUUGCAUCAGACGAUCGUAUCAAGGUCCUCGCGGCCACGAAUCGUGUCGACGUCCUUGAUCCAGCCCUGCUCCGUUCCGGUCGUCUGGACCGCAAGAUCGAGUUUCCCCUGCCCAACGAGGAGGCGAGAGCCAACAUCCUGCAGAUCCAUUCCCGCAAGAUGGCUGUUGAUGACCGAGUCAACUGGGCGGAACUGGCACGCAGUACCGACGAGUUUGGCGGUGCUCAGCUAAAGGCCGUGUGCGUGGAGGCGGGUAUGAUCGCUCUCCGGAAAGGCAUGAGCAAGGUAGGUCACGAAAACUACGUUGAUGCCAUUUCGGAAGUCCAGGCAAAGAAGAAGGACACCAACAUGGGUAUCUAUGUCUAAUCUGGUCGUCAUCACGAUUCUUGCAUGACACCUCUCGGCGAUGUCUCUGGGCCAUCCACAUGCUUUGUAACUACGUCUACCGGGGCUUGAGGGG